AUGGGGGAACUGAAUUUCUUCUUAGAUGUACAAGUGAAGCAAGAAGCUGCUGAAGAGGGUCACUUCUGUAGCAGACCAGAUAUUGUUUUUAGUGUGGGUCUGUGUGUUGGGUUUCAAUCCAAUCCAAUGGAAUAUCAUCUGAAAGCUGCCAAGAGAAUCCUAAGAUAUCUCAAAGGGAUGCAGGACCUGGUUCUCUACUAUCCCUCGGUUGAUAACCUGGACUUGGUUGGAUAUGUUGAUGCUGAUUAUGUUGAAUAUCUGGUGGAUAGAAACAACACAUCUGGACUGACACAUUUUCUGAGCUUGAAUCCGGUACAACACAAGAGGACAAAGCACAUUAAUGUCAGACACCAUUUUCUCAGGGACAAUGCUGAAAAGGUUCUUAUUUGUUUGAAGUUCUGGAAGACGAAGGAUCAGGUAUACACAUAUGGUAGUUUCAGGACAAAAACAAGUAAGAGUGACUUUGCACUUCUAGGAGUCUUUGCUCAAAAGUUUCAAAAACCAUCACGGAACCUAGUUCCUGUGACUCAGAAGUCUUUGGUAGAUUUUGAUGGAAGUUUAACUAAAAGGGAACAUGGUAGAUCUAAUAUUCUAGAGCGUGAGGCUGAAGUUGUGGUUAGAUUUGUGGAAGUCUUGAAGGAUGGAGAAAUUGGUAAAUGUGAGGACUGA